AAUGCGAAGCUGUAAAUUACCUAAGGGCAUCCAACGAAUGCCAAUUAGUGAACUCAGAACAUCUGAUCAGCAAAGAAGCAGGAAUCGAGUAUCUCACGGAUUUCAAGGGUUUGAGAUUAAACCAAGAGCCAAAACUGACAACCUAAUGAAGUUUAUGUUAAUAUUUCGAGUCGAUAAAAAAUUUAGAACCAGUGGCCGAGUUGUUAAAGUUAGCUAUUAUCAAAAUGUCUACGAUGAAGGAGUUACAACUUUCUACACGAAUAUAUUCCAAACUAAUUUUGAUGGUAGACCCUCUCCCAACCAUUAUAAGCCUGCCAAAUAUGCUAGAUGUGAUGUUCAAAGAGGGGGAAUAAACGAAUGUGUCAUAGAUAUCAAGUUUAAUAUAAAUGAUGUUAUUGGCGUUUUUUUCCCAGAAAAUUCUGCAAUUCCUUAUAGUCAAGGGUGUUCUUCGGAAGAGGAAGAUUCGACUCAAUUAAGUAUUUCAAAAGAACCAAUAGAAAACCUAGAAGCAAUAAUGUUACAGCCAGUAGAAUUCUACAAAGUGGAUUGUAGAGAGUAUAGUUUAAAUUUUACGUACGUCUUUGAUUAG